AUGAUCUCUACACGCAUGUUCCGUUCGGCUUCGUCCGUUGCCCGGCAAGGCGUUGCAUCACAGCGGCUCUUCCACGCCAGCCGCCCUGCCUUUGCAGUCCACCAUGUCAAGACUGCCGAAGAGUUCAAAAAGGUUGUCAAGGACCAAAACACAGUCAUUGUCGACUGUUUCGCAACAUGGUGCGGGCCAUGCAAGGCCAUCGCUCCCAUCCUGGAAAAGGCCUCUGAGGACGCAGAGUUCAAGGACAAGGUCCACUUUGUCAAGUUUGACGUGGACGAGCUGCCCGAGCUGAGCCAGGAGCUGGGCAUCCGCGCCAUGCCCACCUUUCUCUUCUAUAAGAACGGCAACAAGGUCGACGAGAUGAUUGGCGCGAACCCGCCUGUUCUGCUGCAGACUUUGAGGAAGCACAAGGCUUAG